GUCACAUGCCAUUUGAGGUGAACAUGUCGAUUCCUAACAAGUUCCUUAUACUUGUCUGCGAUUGUUACGGAAUGUCGUCGGAUAGGAAUCCAAUAUUCAAGACGUGUCUCGAUCUUCAUACUUCAGAUCCAUUUCAUAGGAUAGCGACCGCACCGAACCAGUAUGGCUCUGUCGAGCUUACUUUGAAUGUAACACAGCACAACCCUAACAAGAACGACUUAUCUGAGAGUCCUGGUACGGUCACCACAGAAUUCACUAGUACUACCGAUGAUUCUACCAUAUACACGAAGGUGCCCUUAAAACAAUAUAAGGACAAAGACACGGACAUCCAUACUGAUAUAACAGAUUCUACAGUACACACGAAGGCGCCCUCUAAACAAUAUAAGGACAAAGACACGGACAUCCAUACAAACUCCACCGGUAAAGUAUUGUAUUCCUAAAAAAGAAUACCAAACUUACGAUGUCAACAUCCUUUUGUAAGCUAAGAUCAUUU